CUCGUGACCAACCUCACUGCCAUAAGGAAUUCUCCGCCCCACAACCUAUGCCCACCCAAGCCACGAAUGGUUUGGAUCUGCGCCACUUCGAACAAGUCUAUCUUCCUACCUCCGUCCCCACGGUUACCCUCCUAUGCUUACGACACAAGCAUAGCUACGUAUGCGCAACCCCUCCUUAUUUAUCUGCCUUGCUCUUCGUUCUGCUCUUAUAUGCCAUGCCCAUUAUCUCGAUAUCAGUUCUCAUACUUAUUUCUUAUUGUAUAUAG